AUGCCCGAAAUUUUGUCCGACAUCGUGUUAAGCGACCACAAUUCUCUCAUUACACGCCCCUCUACAAUUACUAAAAAGGCUAGAGCUGAAAAGGUGUUAAGAAGAACUGUGACACCAAGCUCGAAAACCAGUUUUGGAAGAUGGGUUUCAAGUACAGAUUGGUCCUUCCUGGAAAUGUUGCCCAACUGUACUGAAAAACUAAAUGAUUUUAAUGAGCUGUUAUGUUUCGCUACUGACAAGUUCUUCGCCUUAAAAAGCUACAAGCAACACCAAACGGAUAAAUCGUGGAUCAGUCCUGAAUUAAAGAUCCUUAUAGAACAACACCAACAAGCAAUAUCUAUGGACCCAGCAACCUUCAAGAGAUUAAGGAAUAAG